UUCAGCCAGUUCUAUCCAGCUUGGGCGAACCUGUAGUGCCAGCAGUUGGAGGCUCCACCCACCCGCCCGGACAUCAUCACGUCCCAUUUUUAACCCUCUGUGCCUGCACAGAAGGCUCUGCGUAUGUGUGGAGGAGGCGCGGCGCUCACAUUUGAGAACCGGUAGCGAAGGCAUGCUGUCCUUCCUUCUAAUUCAAAUUUUGCUGUCUAUUGUCUCUUGGGGUCCUGUGAGUAUGACAGCCAUCCUUAGCUUUUCUCCCUACCAGCUGUUCACAAUGGAGUCACUCAGCAGCAUGAUUGAAACCGAAGCCCCUAAACAAGCCUUCACUGUUCCCUCUGGUCAGGACCCAGAGAGAAAUGAAAUUGAGCCAGUCACAGAUGGUGGGAGUCAAGCAAGUUCCCAGAUUGUCAUAACAUCACUGGCAACCUCGUCCUUUAAUGGAACGGAUGGAGUGGUAAAUAAGAACCUUCCAGAACCAGCAGCCACGACUGCUGGAUCCAAACAACAGAUGGCUUUCAAGCUGUUCACAGCUGCAAACACGGGACAGGCCUUUCCUGGAAAAGGUGAUUCUGGAGAUGAGAACAGUGGUAGCACACGUAUGCCAUUUGCUGGAAUUAACAAAGGCAUUACAUUUGAUGGCUACUUAGUUCCUGCCGUCUCACAUACACCAAAGGGAAAUGGCAGUGACCCAGAGAAGCACUGCUUUUGUAAAAUUCCAGCAGCAGAAGGACAAAAGAGAGAUCAAGAUAUGGCAAGACUAGAUAGAAGAAAAGGACAACUACGACAUUUGACAGGCGUUGGACAAGAGCUAAUGGCAGAAAGGGGGGAUUCCAGUUCCAAAUUACUUAGUGGUCAGACAGAAGAACAUGAUUGGUCUAAUAAUUCUCCUUGUCAAAGAGCUGCAAAAAUGUGGUGUCUGAUUUGGUCCUGCAUCUUCCUACUAACGACAAUUGCUGAUCUUACUAUUGAGGGAAAAAGCACCCCAUUUCCAAAGUUUACUAAAAUAAAAGCUAUUGAGAUGGAAACCACUAAGAACCCAGAUGCUUCUGAGGCAGCCCCUAUGGAAGACAGCCUCCUCACCGAAAUACCUGAAAAGAAUGAUGUCACAACAGAAUUGUCUACACCACACUAUGCCUUCAGAACAGCCACCACACUCUUCCCAUUUGAAAACUUUACUCUGGACUCUUCGGACUUCUUUUUUAACUGCUGUGAUUGUUGUGCUUUAUCUCCAGGGGAGAAAGGGGAACCUGGAGAAACAGGAUUGCCAGGACUUAAAGGAGAAGUAGGAGAAAAAGGCCGUCCCGGUCUACCAGGAACUCCUGGAUUACAAGGAUCAAAAGGAUUCAAAGGAAACAAAGGAGAUAAAGGAGAACAUGGUGAUCAAGGAGCAAAUGGACUCCCAGGAUACCCAGGCAAGCCCGGAGACCCAGGGGAAGUUGGAUUUAAAGGAGAUAAAGGAAACCAUGGUCUUCCUGGAGUCAAAGGACAAAAGGGCUCCAAGGGGGAAAAUUGUGAGAAUGGCACCAAAGGAGAGAAAGGAGACAUGGGGGAACUGGGGUUACCAGGUGUUGAUGGGGAAAAUGGGGAAAAAGGAGAAAAGGGGGACCUUGGCGAAAAGGGCUAUUUGGGGGAUCCAGGGGAAAAAGGAGAAAGAGGAGAUAAGGGUGACAUUGGGCCAAAAGGAGAAAAGGGCAUUAAAGGAGACAUAGGAGUAGAAGGUGGACAUGGGGAGGAUGGGCAAAAGGGAGAAAAAGGGCAACCUGGAAUUAGGGGUGACAAAGGCGACCAAGGUCCAAUUGGUUUGAUGGGGCCUCCAGGGGUGAAAGGAAGUCUUGGUUUUAAAGGAAUCAGAGGAACCCCUGGUAAAAAAGGUGCAAGAGGCCCAAAAGGUCCAAAAGGUGAAACUCCAACCCUCCCCAGAUCAGCAUUUAGCGUUGGUCUAUCCAAACCUUUCCCACCUCCAAACCUGCCCAUUAAGUUUGACAAGAUACUGUACAAUGACCAGGAACAUUAUAAUCCGUUGACAGGGAAAUUUAAUUGCAGCAUUGCUGGGGCUUAUAUCUUCUCCUAUCACAUGACGAUACGAGGGCGUCCUGCCCGCAUCAGUAUUGUCUGUCAAAACAAGAAGAUGAUCAGAAGUCGGGAGACACUCUAUGGCCAAGAGAUAGAUCAGGCUUCCUUCCUUACGAUUCUGAAGUUAAAUGUAGGGGACCAAGUAUGGCUAGAAGUCACAAGGGAUUGGAAUGGGGUUUAUGUCAGUGCUGAAGAUGACAGCAUAUUUUCAGGCUUCCUCUUAUAUCCUGAUGAAAUAUUUGACACUCUGCUAUAAGAAAAGCACUUAGAUAUGAACUAAGUGCCAAGAAAGAUCUCCCUUCUGUCUUGUUUAUCAUAAAGAAACAUAUUUCACUAUCCAACUCAUGGUCUCAAGAUAUUAACGAAUGGAAGUGAAUUAAAGCAAGGGGCAUUUAAUCUGUGAUAAUUUGAACUGCUUUGUGGGAAACUGUUACGGAAUUGCACUUGGGCAAUGGACAAGAAAACAUCUCCAGAAUGAUUUCAUACUUUAUUUCUAUGGUCAUUAGCUGAUUAAAAUUACACCAUGCUUUGCAUAUAGUUUUGAUAAAGAUGAUAUUAUUUUAAAAUAACAAUAAUACCCUUUUAUCCAGAAGCACCUGCAUUUAAUAGCUAAAACGUUAUUAAAAUACUUAUUUCUAUCAGUUACUUCAGUGAAAUUAAGAUUGUAAACGCAAGAUUAAAUGGUAGCAUAAUGGAAUGAACAUUUGCUGUAGAAAUUGAGUCAGUUUAUUAAAAAAUAUAUAUAUAUAUCUACUUUUCAAACUUUGCAUUUAAAUAAAUUGUAUCCUGUGGGGUGGUAUAUAAUAAAGUAAAAUAAUUGCUUGUACUUUUUUUUGUGUAGCCAUAGAUGUGAAUCAAACCAAUUGGGCAACGAUGAUUUGAAAUAUAAAUGUGUGGACAAAUCUGUAUAGAUUUGGGAGACCUGAAUUACUUUUACUUUAUAUAAAAUGCAUUGUAAUAAGUGUUGAUAAAGCUUUAUGCACACCUGUUAUGUAUAGUUUUGUCAAAUUAUUUUACUUCCUGGUUCAUUUGGAAGAUUUGUUUCCAUGCCUAUAAAC